UGGCAUGAUGAGUGGUGUUAUGGUUAUGGAAGAGAUCUCCAACUCCAAAGUGAUGUAAGAGAGUAACUAACACAAGACACUGUUUCAGAAGAAGCAGCGCAUAACUGAGGUCGAAUGAAGAGGCACUGGCGCAACAUCAGUCACGACGAAGAAAGCCUCCCAGAUUCCGAUUCCGACACGCGCUCCACCAGGAAAUUCCCUCUCACGCGCCUCAUGGCGUUCUCUCUCUUUUUUUCUCUCUUUCUCUUCUCCCUCACGUUCCUUUUCCCACACCCUCCCAUCGAAUCAUCUCCAACUAUAAAAGCUCUGCUCCAACUCAAACAAACUCAACAAGGUGACGUAUCUGAUUCUGUUGAGUUGCAAAAAGAUAAACUACUUGGUGGCCUUUUAGCAGGUGGUUUCGAUGAAAGAUCUUGCUUCAGCAGGUACCAUUCUGCCUCGUAUGGGAAAGGACUAUCAGGAAAUCCUUCACCUUACCUUAUUUCUAGAUUGAGAAAAUAUGAAGCUCUUCACAAGGAAUGUGGACCUUACACUGAAUCCUAUAAUAAAACUGUGAAAGAUCUCAGGUCUGGUCAUGUAAGUGAUUCCCCUUGUAAAUAUGUGGUAUGGAUUUCAUAUAGUGGGCUAGGGAAUAGGAUAUUGACCUUAGCUUCUGCAUUUCUAUACGCCCUCCUCACGAAUCGUGUUUUAUUAGUUGAUCCUGGAGCUGAUAUGGUAGAUCUUUUUUGUGAACCGUUUCCACAUGGUUCCUGGUUUCUCCCUCCUGAUUUCCCUCUCAACAGUCAUUUUUCCAAAUUUGAUCAGAAAUCUGAUCAAUGUUACGGGAAAAUGCUGAAAAAUAAAGCAACUACAAAAUCCACUGUGCCCUCUUUUGUCUAUCUUCAUUUAGCACAUGACUAUGAUGAUCAAGACAAACUUUUCUUCUGUGAUGAAGACCAAACUUUUCUUCAGAAAGUACCAUGGUUAGCGGUGAGAACAGAUAAUUACUUUGUCCCAUCUCUAUUCUUGAUGCCAUCGUUUGAGCAGCAACUGAGUGAUCUCUUUCCGAACAAGGAAACAAUUUUUCAUUUCUUGGGUAGAUAUCUUUUCCACCCCACCAACAAAGUAUGGGGACUUGUUAGUAGAUACUAUCAAGCUUAUUUAGCUAAUGCUGAUGAAAAAUUAGGCAUCCAGAUAAGAGUGUUUGAAACUGGAACUGGUCCAUUUCAACAUGUGUUGGAUCAGAUCUUAGCUUGCACCUUAAAGGAGAAUCUUUUACCUGAUGUUAUUCGAAAGGGUGAUUUUGUUAACUCAUCAGGAAAGCCGAAGUCAAAAGCUGUACUGAUGACAUCGUUGAGCUCUGGUUAUGUUGAGAAAGUGAGAGACAUGUAUUGGGAACAUCCUACAGCGACAGGAGAAAUUAUUGGCAUUUACCAGCCAAGCCAUGAAGGUUAUCAACAAACAGAGAAGAAGAUGCACAACCAAAAAGCUUGGGCAGAAAUGUACUUAUUGAGCUUGACCGACGCGUUGGUCACGAGCUCGUGGUCUACUUUCGGCUAUGUGGCACAGGGGCUUGGAGGUUUGAAACCAUGGAUACUGUACAAGCCAGAGAAUGGAACAGCCCCUGAUCCAGCUUGUCAACGUGCCAUGUCAAUGGAGCCAUGCUUCCAUGCUCCUCCCUUCUAUGAUUGUAAGGCUAAGAGAGGAACUGAUACUGGUGCACUUGUUCCACAUGUACGGCAUUGUGAGGAUAUGAGCUGGGGUCUUAAGCUUGUAGACAGCUUUAGUUCGCAAUAAGUUGCUACGGUCAUGAAUGCCUUCAUGACUGUCAUAACUCAUAAGUUUUGCAAAUUUUGUUGUACUAUAGAAUUGGUUAUUGGUUUAAAUUUUUUAUUGUUUCCUAUAGAAACCAUGAAAUAGAAAAUUUUCUCCUUCGUUACUAUGUUUCGGUUGAGUGUAUAAUGUAUUAGCAUCUAUUGGACUGACUACGAUAACAGGUAGCAUAUGACUUGUGUA